UUUUGGUCUCCUAAAAUGUCCCACUUAUUUUCAUAAACAUUGGCAACAUUUUAGAAGACCAAAUGUGUUUUUAUUUUUGUUUUACUCCUUUUAUUUGUGCAUCUGGAUUUAUUCAAAAUCCAUUUAUUUUUAUUUGCAAAAGCAUUUUAUUUUAGUUUCAGAGAGAGGGGAGAGAGCAGAGUGGGCUUCCUGGCCCAUCUCCUUUUCUCUGUGGCGAGCCCACCUCCCUCUCCUUCCACCUCGUGACGCCGUUCGCCCCUUUUCCCCUUCUUUCCGUCAGAGAGAGUCGGGCGUGUGAGAGAGAUCUUGCCAUCGUGGCAUCACGGACGUCAAGGCCGUCAGCCCCGUCGCCUAUUUAGUCCCUCGUCGUUCGUGCCUCUCCUACGGUUCCCUCUCCCCGCCGCCACCUCCUUCCCCCUCUGCAAGGUUAGGUUCAGAGAGAAACAGAGGAGGUUCAGGCUCAGAGCAAGAGCAGAAAGGUCGCCGCCAUCCCCACCAUCUCCUCGUCGCCGGCAGCCUCCCCCGCGGCGUCCGAGGCGUCCGCGAGGAUGCUGGAUCCUCCCUUGAUCCGUUCCCACCACUAGGGAGCUGGAUCCCUUCCUCUGGCAUCGCGUCCAUGCCGUCUUCGCCGGAGCGGAGCUACGGUUCGAAGGUCGCUGCCUCGCCUCGCCUCUUCUUCCUCUUCCCCGCGCCGUUCUUCUUCGUCAGAGUGCUCGAGGGAGCUCUCCCAUGGCCGUUCGGGUCCAGCAAAAGCCACGGCCAUCGCAUGCAGGUUCUUGGUGCCGUGCUCGUGGGAUGCUCCGCCGCCGGAAACCAUGGGAGCCCGUGGGACCUUGCCUCCUUGGGUCCACCUCCUCUGCCCAGACCAGAGGCCGCCAUAGCCCUGCCAGCCCUCGACCCCCCUCUUCCCGCGCCAUCCCCGACCACCUAGCGCCGCCCCGAGCACAGCCUUGGUCAAACCGUCCCAACAGGUUCAGUUGCAGCCCGGUUUCAGAUUCAGAUUUUUAGGUUCAGAUUCAGUGGGUGGGUAUGUUCAUCUAGAGGAGGAACCCCUUUUUUGCACAAAACGCAUCUCAGCUCAGCUGGUCAUUGCCGCGCUAGUGGUUCGAGGGGUCUGGGGUUCGAAUCCCAGCUGCCUCUAUUUGUUUUGCCCUUUUUUCUGUUAUUCUGCAAGCCAAUGCCGGCCACUCUUAGUUCAGGUAGCUCUAGUUUGCAAUUUGAACAAAUUGGGUUCUAAGCCCCACUGGUUAGCCUCCACGUUUACAACUAGCAGGUGUUGGGUUCAAGUCCCAGGAACCACAUUUUUUCUGCCAUGCUUUAUUUCUUUUGCACACACAUGUCCACUUGGGCCUGAUCUAUCCCUCGGCCAGUGCACUAUGAUGCUUCCGGCCCAUCCGUGUUUAUUUUCUUUUUUCUCGAGUUGUGUAGAUUUUAGGCAUUUUUUUUCCAUCUCAUGCAUAUUUCAGAAAAAUCAUAUUUUCAAACGCCCGUAGAUUCUAUUCCGCGCGUUGGAUUCCGACGAGUUAGAUAUGUAACUUAGCUAGAAUUUCGUGUAGAUUAACAAUUUCCAACUCUCAUGCAUGCUUAAGGCUGUUAGCAUGCUGUUUGCAUCGGUUUGCAUGUUGACGUAAUAGAAACGAUUUAGGUCAUAGCUAUUUAACCGUAGCUUCGUUGGAGAUGAGCCAUAUAUGUAAACGGGCUAGAACGACGUGUAGUUUCACGUGAACCACUUU